AUGUCAGCGCGUUUGUCGCAGCGCCAAUCCCUCGCGUGUCGCGAGUGUACUAGGAAGAAGAGAAAGUGCAACAAAGAGAUCCCAUGCGCAAGAUGCAGUCGUCUAGGGCUCCAUUGCGACCGCGAAGUUGUCCAUCUGAGGCGCAAUGCCGUUCGACAUAGUGCAGAGAUUGGGUUUCUCGAGACUCUGCGCAGCAUGCUUCAGAGCACCGAUCCCGCUUCGGCGAGGAGGGCAGCUGAUUUGGUAGCAGCUAGACUGGAGGGCCUCCGUUCUGGUUCGGGGCAACGCACUGAGAUCACACAGACAGCGAAUUUUGUUGAGUCCGGGAUCGGACUUGAAGAUGACUCGGGACAAGACGAAGCCACAGGUUCACAUCCCAGAGUUCGCAGUUCGCUCACGGUGACUGCGUUGGAGCACAUGGCAUGGGGUAGAAGCUAUGGAAACUGCUACCCUCAUCUACACUGCAACUGCCAUCAAAGACGAGAUCAUACCAUCGAAGCCUCGACAACAGGUCUGUCGCCGUCUCUCGGCCUACCUGAUCACACUGUCCCACCUCUUGCCCUCCUCCCUGAGAGAGUCACGGCCGAGAUACUCAUCUCAUUUCACCUGGAGCACAUAGCAUGGCACCACAACUCCUUACACUGCCCGACGUUUCUGCAGCAGUGCACCACGUUCUGGGCGACCGGCGUAUACGACCAGCCACACUGGAAACAUCGCGAUGCAUACCCGCUCACGCUACCGGCCUGUUCGCCUCAAGACUUAUUCAACUUCAUGGUCGACACUUUAUAUAAGGCUCAUUUCCUGCAGCAUGUUUCAAUCUACUCCAUCCAGGCCAUCGUCAUCUCAACCGAAGUAGCUCACAAUCUUGGUCUCAGUCAACUCAACGCUACCUUAUUCAGCGCUGCGAUUCGAAUUGCCGAGUGCUUGGGAAUACACAAGAUCACCAAAUGCGGCCUCGACUUGCAAACCAGGGAUGAAAUAUGGGAUGAUACUCUGCAAAGAGAAGUAGGUCGUAGGGUUUGGCUCCAGAUGGUCAUUCAAGAUCACUUUGCAAUUCCAUUUACAGACUCAUACGGCAUCAACCCGUCUCACUACUCCACUUCUUUCCCCAGAAACGCCAACGAUGCAGACUUGAUAGACGCCUCGGAGGACGUUCUGACGGUAAGUACGUAUACUCGUGUCCUGGGUGGCAUCGCGCAGCUGAUGCCGGAGCUCGCGGACGGGAUGGGACCUUUGAGAGCCCAGAAGCCUGCAAGAGAGCAGUAUGCCCAUGUUCUCAGGAUGGACCAAAAGAUGAGGGAGAAGGUCCAGUCAAUACCGCGUUUUCUUCUACAGAAGGAUGAGCUAUUAGAGGGCCAGUGUGCCUGGCUUGGGGUUGCGCGUCAGAGUCUAGCCAUU